AUGUUGAAGGCAAUUAGUUAUGUAAUAUUAAUAUAUUUUUAUAUUCCCGAUGAUUUUUUUUAUACAAACUUUCUAGCAAAGGUAAACUUUUUUAAGAUGAAUGGUACAUCAUUUCGGCGAGAAGGUGGUACUGAUGCCAAAUUUACUGAUAAAGAAAAGAAAAUGUUAAACAAAAUUAAAUUUGAAAAAGUUCUUGAUACUAAGAUUGAAAAUUUGUCAAAAAUAGAUUUUGAUUUAUUGAGACCUUGGAUUUCAAAAAAGAUUAUUGAAAUGAUUGGUGUUGAAGAUGACAUUGUUGAAAAUUUAAUUGUUACAUCAUUACAAAGUGGUACAGAUCCUAAACUUCUCCAAAUGAAUCUUGCUGGAUUUUUUAAUGCCCGAAAUGCUCGAAUUUUUAUGGGUGAAUUUUGGAACUUAUUAAUUGAAGCAAGUAAUUCCAAAGAUGGUAUACCACAAGCAUUAAUUGAUCUUAAACUUUCUGAGGUAAAAGAAAAGGAGAACAAAAAAGAAAAUAGACGAAGUGAGGAGAAUAGUGAUUGGAAUAAACGCUAUGAAAGUAUGUCAGGUUUUAAACGUGAUCGGGAAAAAAAAAGUACCAGAAGAAGACGGUCACGUUCAUAUGAUAGAAGAGAUGAUAAAAGACAUAAAGAUGUUUCAAAAUCACCGGAUAGAAGAGAACAUAGGCGUAAAGAUCAUCGUCGUCGUCGGGAUUCUCGUAGUCCAAAAAGAAGAUCUUCUUCUUACAGACGAUCAGUCAGUCCUAGAAGAAAAUCAAGGAAACAUUCUAGCAGUCCUAAAAGAAAAUAUUCAAGAAAGUACUCUGCUAGUCCAAGAAGAAAAAGAUCACAUUCACAUAGACGUUCUCGAAGUACUGAAAAAAAAUCAUCGAAGAAACAUGUUUCUACAAAUAGAAGAAGGUCAUCUUCAUUGAGCAUAUCUCCAGCAUCUAACAAAAAAUCACCCCCGCAACAACAAUCGUCUACCUCUAGAAGAUCAACUUCACGUAGUGUAUCUUCCAGUCCAAAAAGGAGAGACUCUUUUUCACCAGAAUACAAACGCUCUCGUAGAUCUCCAUAUAGUCCAAGGCAUAGAUCUAGAAGAUACAGAAAACGCUCAUAUUCAUCAUCAAGUUCUGUUAAUUCUAAGGGUGAAUGGAGAAGAAGAUAA